UAGAAGCCGUGGGAACAGACAGCGUCGAGCGCUGCGACUCGGACUCCUUGGCCGCUCUCGGACUGACUUGUCUCAGCCGAACUCCUUAUCCAGGAGUCAGACCGGCCAGAGCCUGAGAUACACGGAGUGCGGGGCGGGGUACAUGUGCGUGUGUGCACGUGUGUGUACGUGUGUGUGUGAACUGUGUAGUUGUGUGUGUCUGUGUGUAUGUGUGUGGUGUAUGGUGUGUGUGUGUGUAGUGUGUCCAGGGAGGGGAAGGCUCCGCCUCUCUGGGCUCUGGGUCCGCCCAAUAAAGAGAACUGUGGCCAGACCAGCAGCUAGCACCGUGCACUACUCUCGACUUCGCUCCUUCUCCAGCUCCUGGCGUUUCUUCUUUCAGAUAGCCCGGCGGCCCUGUGCCCUUUUGCGCCGGGUAGGCUCCUCUGUCAGUCUGUCAGUAUCGUCUGUCUGCCUCGAUAGCCCUGGCCUGAUCUAGAGCCAGGAGCAGCAGGUGAGGCUCGGAGGCUCAGGGGGAUGUCAGAGAUUAUGUUGAUCCCAUCAGACUGGAAAGGGCGCUGAGCCGGCACCAGCACCGGCUCCGCUGCCGCUGGACGUGGAGCUGUCAGCAGAGAGCAGGUGGCUGCUGUCUGUGACCAUCGCUGCCCCCACUUGGAGGCAGCGCAUCUCAGGGAAUCCCAAGUGUCAGGCUUCAGGAUGGCGUUCAGGGUGAGGGGGACGACCCAGGAAUUCCGUUUCCCUGUCUGGGGACUCUUGUUUUUGGCCCUUUGGAUGCUGCCACGGGUGCUGGGGGUUGAAGAGAUCCCAGGGCACAAUAGUCAUGAAAAUCAGGGCUUCCAGAUCGUCACUUUCAAAUGGCAUCACGUCCAGGACCCCUACAUCAUCGCCCUCUGGAUCCUCGUAGCUAGCCUGGCCAAGAUCGUUUUCCAUCUGUCUCACAAAGUCACCAGUGUUGUUCCAGAAAGUGCUUUGCUCAUUGUUCUUGGCCUCAUCCUGGGAGGGAUUGUGUGGGCUGCAGACCACAUUGCCUCCUUCACCCUCACCCCAACUGUAUUCUUCUUCUACCUGCUGCCACCCAUUGUAUUAGAUGCUGGGUAUUUUAUGCCAAACCGACUGUUCUUUGGAAACCUUGGGACUAUCCUCUUGUAUGCCGUUAUUGGGACCGUGUGGAAUGCUGCCACGACUGGCUUAUCACUUUAUGGAGUCUACCUCAGUGGCAUCAUGGGAGACCUCAGUAUUGGUUUGCUGGACUUCCUCUUGUUUGGCAGCUUGAUAGCUGCAGUGGACCCUGUGGCUGUCCUGGCUGUUUUUGAAGAAGUCCAUGUCAACGAUGUCCUGUUUAUCAUAGUUUUUGGGGAAUCGCUGCUGAACGAUGCUGUCACCGUGGUCCUGUAUAAUGUAUUUGACUCUUUUGUGUCACUGGGUGCUGACAAGGUGACAGGAGUGGACUGUGUUAAAGGAAUAGUGUCUUUCUUUGUGGUGAGCUUGGGAGGCACGCUCAUUGGAAUUAUCUUCGCCUUCCUUCUGUCUCUGGUGACUCGUUUCACCAAACAUGUCCGGAUCAUUGAGCCAGGAUUUGUGUUCAUCAUCUCCUACCUCUCCUACCUCACCUCUGAGAUGCUAUCUCUCUCAGCCAUUCUGGCGAUAACUUUCUGUGGCAUAUGCUGUCAAAAAUAUGUGAAAGCUAAUAUUUCUGAGCAGUCGUCCACAACAGUGAGGUAUACCAUGAAGAUGUUGGCAAGUGGAGCUGAAACUAUCAUCUUUAUGUUUCUGGGAAUCUCUGCUGUAGAUCCAGCCAUCUGGACUUGGAACACAGCAUUCAUACUCCUGACAUUAGUCUUCAUUUCUGUCUACAGAGCCAUUGGUGUCGUCUUACAAACGUGGCUUCUGAACAAGUACCGGAUGGUCCAAUUGGAGAUAAUAGACCAAGUGGUCAUGUCAUAUGGGGGACUCCGGGGAGCAGUUGCUUAUGCCCUGGUUGUUCUUUUGGAUGAAAAGAAAGUGAAGGAGAAAAACCUCUUUGUGAGCACCACCAUCAUCGUGGUGUUCUUUACCGUCAUAUUCCAGGGUCUGACCAUCAAACCCUUGGUACAAUGGCUGAAGGUGAAGAAGAGUGAACACCGAGAACCAAAGCUCAAUGAAAAGCUUCAUGGCAGAGCUUUUGAUCAUAUUCUCUCUGCCAUUGAAGAUAUAUCUGGACAAAUAGGACACAAUUACUUAAGAGACAAGUGGUCCAAUUUCGAUAGAAAAGUCCUAAGUAAAUUACUGAUGAGAAGAUCAGCUCAAAAGUCCAGAGACCGGAUUCUGAAUGUUUUCCAUGAGCUCAACCUGAAGGAUGCUAUUAGCUAUGUGGCUGAGGGAGAGCGAAGAGGGUCUCUGGCAUUUAUCCGUUCACCAAGUACUGACAACAUCGUCAAUGUGGACUUCAGCACUCCUCGUCCAUCUACAGUAGAGGCCUCAGUCUCUUAUCUACUAAGAGAAAAUGUCAGUACUGUUUGUCUGGACAUGCAAGCUUUGGAGCAGAGAAGAAAGAGUAUUCGGGAUACAGAGGACACUGUCACUCACCACACACUGCAGCAAUAUCUCUACAAACCCAGACAAGAGUACAAACAUCUCUACAGCCGGCAUGAGUUAACAUCAAAUGAAGAUGAAAAACAAGACAAAGAAAUUUUCCACAGAACAAUGAGGAAGCGCUUAGAGUCUUUCAAAUCUACCAAACUUGGAAUAAACCAAACCAAAAAAACAGCCAAACUCUACAAGAGAGAGCGUGGCCAGAAGAGGAGAAACAGUAGUAUACCAAAUGGAAAAAUACCAAUGGAAAGCCCAACUCGUGAUUUUACCUUUAAGGAGAAAGAACUGGAAUUUUCAGACCCAGAGGAGACUAAUGAGUAUGAAGCAGAGGAGAUGAGUGGUGGGAUUGAAUUUCUAGCCAAUGUUACUCAAGACACAGCCACAGACUCAACUACAGGGAUUGAUAACCCUGUUUUUUCAACGGAAGAGGACCAGAGCAUCUUUACAAAGGUGCCACCAUGGUUGUCUCCUGAGGAGACAGUGGUACCAUCACAAAGGGCACGUGUGCAGAUUCCAUACUCUCCCAGCAACUUCAGACGUCUUACACCAAUCCGGCUCAGCACUAAGUCAGUCGAUUCCUUUUUGCUAGCUGACAGUCCAGAGGAGCGGCCUCGGUCUUUCCUUCCAGAAUCUACACAUAUGUGAGACAGGUUCUGAUGUGCCAUUGACAGGAUAUUCUUCUUCAAGGGAAAAAUUGCCUUCCUGGAAACCAGAUCAAGCCAACCCCACUUCGUGUCCCCCUGAGAAGCCCCUGCUCCUCCUCCCAGCCUGUCUGCAAAGGCCAUGGACACAGAACUAUUCUUCCCUAGACAAUAGAGGAGUCAGUACUCUGCCUCCUGCCUCAGAAUACACAAAGCCUUAUGAUGGAAAGCCACCUGACACCAACCCCAAUGCCAACUCCAGUCAGAACAAUCCCCUGCCCGUGAGCCCCGGCUAUGGUUCUGAGACCAAAGGGGAGUCGGCGAACUCCAAGCAAGACGCACCUGCGGGCCUGAAAGAAGAGCUGGGGGGCCCUGCCCCCAAAGUCCUCCAGGAGAAGAGAACCCUGCUCAACAUGCACGCACACUUGAGAUCAGCGGCAGCGAGGCGAGUUCAGAGCCGAAGGUCCUUCCACAGACCCAAACCCCUCCGCUACCCCAAGCUACAGAAACUAGCUUCCCUCCCUCAGUCUUGCCACAUCCUCCCGCAUUCUCUGGAACAAGAGGAGACACAGCUGUGAACCAGGAGAGAGCAAGGGGGGAAAGUAUCAUUGGGCAUAGAAAAAGAGAAGCGGGAUGGGAACUGAAUCUGGGAAAAGUAGAGCUCUCCAUCGCAAAAGGGAAAAAGGAAGCCCAGAGUCCCAGCUUUGCCUGUUUGUCCUGCAGAGGGACUUCUAGCUAGCAUUUCUCCCUUUCCUCAUUGGCAUGAGAGGAAACGAGAUUCUUGACGCUGAAACUUCUUGGCAUCCUUUGCCUGGAACUCCAUGAGGGGAUUCGAGGAAGGGGGAGUAUGGCAAGAUUGAGUCCACAGUCACGAACUCCCAAAUGUUUUACUGCCCUCUUUAGCUAUGGUUGCUGUAGCAGAACUGUGUUGGGUGCUGCCCAUAUGGCAUCCCUGCCCACAGAGCUCAUAAGUAAAAUUUAGUCAACAGAGAAGAGUGAUGAGAGGGAAAUGUCACCGGGGGAAAGGUAGGAAUAUGGUUAGGGAGAGGUAUCACCUUAGCUUUAGAUACAAAACAAAGAUAAAGCUGUUGACUUCGAACUACUGCUCGGCUUUUCUUUGGGAUCUCAGGUCUCCUCUGGAUGAGAUGGAUCAGUGCCUUUUCCUCCAAGGGAAACUCUUCAGACAUCAUUUUCCUACUUCUGACUGUUUUGUGUCAUUAAAUCCUUGAAAAACUCACUUCACUUGAGGAAUUUGAUUCCUCAUUAUAUAGCUGAUUUCUCUCAGUGAUGCUAAGAUUGAGCAAUAGAGAACUACCUGAUGAAACAGUCGUGAUCUUCAUGGCUAAUUUGCUGACCCAUCUAGUCCAUCUAAAAGUCAGACUGAGAGAUUUGAUUGGCCUCACCUGGAAAACUCAUGCAUGAACAGAUUCCUUUUCUGCAGUCUUUGCACAUGGUUGAUUCCUCUGCUGUAAUGAACAAGUCACAAAAAAGGUCACUUUGGCUCUUUGGUGUUGGUAAUGGUGGGAUUUACCUAAUAUUCAAUGGAUAGUUAACUACAAAUUUGAUUUUGGUUUUUGUCUUUGUUUAAAUAAUAAUUCACACACCUUUCCUCCCCUUUUCAUCAGAAAGAUUGCUUAACUGAGUCUGAGUGAUUAAUCCCUUAUUGACCAAUUUUGCAACCACUUAUGUUCCCAUCUGCUGUAUAUUUUCUUAAUCUUUUUUGCACAACUCAAUUAGUCUUAUUUCCUCUGUCCUUUUGUGUUGCUUUAAGUGCCACAAUUUGAUGACUCAGGAAGCAAAAAUUCACAAGUACUGUGGACAGAGAUGUUGGAUAUUAGUAUAUCCUGGCUGCUUUGGGGAUAGGGCAUCAUUAUAUAAUUAUACUUUAUGCCCCAACACAUCUCAGCUGAGCAAGAAUUGCCUUGGUCAGCCAGAUCUUCCCUCAUAAAUGAACUCUUUUGGACCCCGAAGCAAGGAGCCAUUACAAAUAUGGUUGCUAAAGAUCCCUAGUUGUCCAAAAGAGUUAUCAUCAUCAGGUUUUCUUGCCCAAAAGGUAAACUUUGGGAAAGGAUUGGCUGUAGGGUCCUAAGAGCUCACUAGUGUUAGGUGAGGCUUCUCAGGUCUGCCUGUGACUCCCCAGGUGAGUUACUUGUUGAAUGGGUGAGGCCGAGCUCAAAUGACUUUUCCAAAGUGCACCAGAGUUCUUUGGGGAGGAUGUAUUUUUUCCCAACAAACUGUCUUGUAUUUCAUUUGUUUCAAUAUGGGACAUUUUGAGUUAAUUAUGUAUCUUUAUCUUUUUGACACCAAAGUUUCCUGCAUUAGUCAACUCAAGGUGAACACUGGAUGAAGUUCAGAAUAGAGUUUCUGUACCUCAAAGAAAUCAGAGUUCAGCUCCCACUUUUGCCACUGUGCAAACCUAGGAAGUCCUUUGACCUCUCUAUAUUGUUCUCUAUCAGUAAUAAGGCCUUCUGUCUCUUCACCUCCUGACAGCACAUAAAAGUGAAUGAUUAGACUGAAUGACUUUGAUAGUUUCAGAUAUUGCAUAAUAACUGAUUGUCCAAACAUUGGCCUGCUACUGUCCCAAACCAGGAGAAGUAAGGAGCUAGGUUCUAUCUUACCUGUAUUUUAAGCUACCUAUUCCCCCAGUCAACUUCCUGUUUGGAAGGUAACAACAAAGAGAAAGCUUAGCUAUAUUUCUGCAAGGGAUCACUCAACACCCCUUAUGACUACUAUUAGGACAGAGGCUGAAGACCUGACUGCUUCAAGGAUUCUGGCAUUCUCAGGGCCUGGGGAAGCACUUUUCAUGGAGUGGUUCACCUGCCUGAACUCACUGGUUUAAGACACCACCAGAAGAGUCGGGUAGUUUGUUAGACCAAGCAAUGGGAAGGACAGUCCUGAGCAGUGGAGGAGGUGGGAGGUGGGAGGUGGGAGGUGGGAGGGAGAAAAGAUUGCAAUGAUUAAUAAUGUAUGCCUGCCAACAUAAGAGCAUCCAUACAGAAUGGCCCAAGGGUAAAUUCUGGAUAUCAUUUACCUUCCCUACUCAUGGUGCCAAUACUGCUGGUUAAAAACCUGAUUUAGAAAUCAGUUCUUUUAAAACAUGGUACCCAACAAACAAUUUGACUGAAAGGCUAUUUUCUCUUCCAACAAACUGAUUUGACUUAUUAGAUAAGUUUUAUUUGUUCUGUGUAGCUGCCAUCAUCAUUUUUCCAUGUUCUUUGAGAAGCAGAAACAACCAAAUGGUAAAGUGGUAAAUCUAUUUUUUAUCAAAGGGAGCACGAGACCAUAUUAGGAGAUCUGCAGGGUAAGCCCUCUAUGACAGUUCAGAAAUUUAAACUAAAACUGUCUGCUGAAUCUUUUUUCCUUCCUCCCCCCCUUCCACAUUCCUAUGCUCCGGGAAGAGGGGAGCCAGUCCUUAAGACAACCUAAGUAUGAAUUGCCCCAUGCCAUCAUUAGGGCAUGAUUUCAAGAAAGGCAGGAAGGAACCACUCUCAGAGUACUGGUGAUGAUCCUUCAUCCUACUCUGGAUGACUCCUGAAAGGGAGUGAGAGAGUUGUUCACUGUUUAGAGAACAUCAGUCUUCCCUGGGUCAACAUUCUAUGUUGACAAAGCUCAGACCUGGAAAAUUAAUCCUAGGAUCCUUCCCCACCCCACCUCCUGCCCCCCAGCCCCACCAGAAAGGACCCAAAGUAGUCCCAGUGAAAGGAAGAGUAGGUGCUCUUUUUAUGAGGGUAAAGAGUGAGAACAGUGUGGCAAAAGAGCACCUCUCCCCUACACGUAGCCAAGAGAAGGGAGUAUCAACCAGGUUGUAAACUUAGGGAACAUAUUGCAAACAUCUCUGAUGCAGGAUAUCUUUUGAACACCAAGUAAUAAAUGAAUGGCUCCUUGGUUCACAUCUGAGUCCAGCAGAAUUCAAGCUGCAUUGUUCAAACUUCUAUUUUGGGGAGGCAUAAUAAGAGACAGACUAUAGUGAUUUGAAAAUGUUUUUUAUAAGUAUGGCAUAAGCAAUCAGUCUUCUCAAGCCCUUUGAUCAGGAAAAUGAAAUUGCUCACUGAUCACCUUUGUCUUCUGAUUUCUGAUUCAUCUUUUACCAGCAGCUGUUCUCAGAAUAGUCAUGACAAGGGAAAAACUAUGAAUAGUUUAUAUCCAUUCAUCAUGGUGUGCACCAGUUGCAGAUUACUCAAGUAGCUAAAGGUUCCUCACUUUCAUACCCCUACGAAUGUUUGUUCCAAAUGAAGAAAAGAAGGAAUUGUCACAUAAUAGAGCAGAUGAUACCUUUUAAAAAUCUGUCACUGGGAGACAAGACUCUGAGACCUGCUUUUAGGAAUCUUACUGUCCUGUUUUUCCUUUUAAAGGUGCUUAGAUUCAGGGGACCCAUUUUGACUUAUCACAUAUUCCAAUGUGUAAUAAAAAUCCCAAAUGGUGUAAUAGGGAUCUCUUCUAGUGAACUUUGCGUGUUUUCAAUGGUUCUUCAUAUUUCCCAAUCAUCUUUUCAGUCAGCAUAAUUUCCACGGUGCAGAAAUCAAACUACAUGCAUAUAAUUUUAUAUUGAAAGCAAGUCUGGUGUUCUUGGCUAUCAUAAUGAUCCCCUCAGGUUAAUCACAUGGCCAGUUAGACCUGUUGAGCAGCAAGGUUGGUUCUUCAGGACAAUUCCCAAAGAAUAAUUUGACCAGAAAAUGGCUAAUUCUAUGCUGUCAAAAAACAGUCUUCCAGCAUGACAAUAUUCUGGGCACUCUGAGAGCCACACUAAGUGUUUCAGGUUGUUGGGGUUUCAUCCUUAGAAUGACCUCUCCUGUGCACUGAAAAGUCCUUAAAGAUCUGAAAGAGUUCAUUCAUUUUCCAAAGUGCCUCCUUAAUUGCUUGGUUGCAUCCUAUGUGUUGGAAGGCUCAAGCUUGGCAUAGUACUUAUCCAGACAAUCUAAAAACAAAGCAACGACUUUUUAAAAAAAUGGAUCACAGCACAGACAAUCAGAUAUUUUCAACCAUCUUAACAAACAAGUUGGACUGCAACACAUUCUACCCAAUCUUCUUCAGCACAAUCAGCUGUAAAGACAGGAAAAAAAGCUCUUUGACUGUCUUGUCCCAACCGUACACUACUGCCUCUGGAUGUUGGUCAGCAGAGCUCAGCUGUGACUUGAGAACACAUUUGUCUAUUGUUUCAUUCAUUCAACAAAUAUUUACUUGAACCUUUUGUUUUUGUUAUUUUUUUUCUUUGCAGUUUGUCCUUUAGUGGCCAGGCAGAUAUUUUCUUUCAUCUCUGCUUGUAUGAAAUACAGAAGUUACCCAAUAACUGUGUAGGGGGUAGAAUUUCCAGAUAAGAAUAUUUUGUAUUGAACAAGGAGACCUCAUUUCGUGGAAGGUGUGAUAUUUCUCUUCCCUACAUUUCACAUUCUCAAGAAAGAGUUCAGUAGGUUUUUAGUCUAUUUACACAGUGUUAUGAAUCUUAUUACUGUAUAUUUGAUAAAUAGCACAUUCUCACCAUUUUUAUCAUUACUGUAAAAUGGAAUGUAAAAAAAUUCUUAUGAAUGUAUAUUCCUUAGGAGAAAAAAUGUGUUAUAUAAUUUUAUUAGGGAAGAAUUUAAAUUUCCUAUUUAUUUAAUACAUACCUUUAGCCUACUUUGUUGUACAAAGAUAAAAUGCAUAAAUAUAAGAAAUCAAUGAUUCUCAGCUCUGUAUACUUUGUACUUGGUUUAAUUUUGUUGCGAUGUUCAGUGUGCUGUGAUAGUGAUCUACUAUGGUGAGAAAAACAGGGGGAAGAAUUUCCUUGGUAUUGAACUGGAAGCAAGUUGUUAAGCUGGUUGUAUGGAAUGUUAAUUUGCAGAUAUGUGAUCAAAUUGGAACUUUGUGUGAUCUUAAUCACAAAUAAUUAUGUGCCUUAAUGAGCCUUUCUCCAGAUGCCUUUUAGAGGAUUGGCAAUAAUUCCUACAUAAGGCUAGGACUUCAUUCCCAUUACAUGCUGUAAUAUUGCUUGAUCAAUUCUAUGAAAUAUAUUUUCGAAUCACCUUGUGAUGAAAACUUUGUCUAUAAAUUAUGAUUUUGAUGGAAUCACAUUUCAUAAUCCCAGAUAUAAAGAAACGUAUAUGUGACCAUUGCUCAGACAUUAAAAAUUAAUUUAUUCGCUUCCCCCUUCUAAAGGGUUGUUCUUUGUAGCAAUUGUGUGAUUAAAAAAUUGUGUAGUUGGGAAUGAA